AUGGCCUCCUCCUUGUCAGCAAUUCCUCAUCUUAUUGUUAUGUCAGCAGAAUUUAUCACAGGGAUUACAGUAAAUGCAUUUCUUAUCCUCAUCAACUGUAAAGAACUGAUCAAAAGCAGAAAGCUAACACCAAUGCAACUCCUUUUCCUAUGUAUAGGGAUGUCGAGAUUUGGUCUGCUGAUGGUGUUAAUGGUGCAAAGUUUUUUCUCUGUGUUCUUUCCACUCUUUUAUAGGGUAAAAGUUUAUGGUGCAGCAAUGUUGUUCUUCUGGAUGUUUUUCAGUUCUGUCAGUCUCUGGUUUGCCACCUGCCUUUCUGUAUUUUACUGUCUCAAGAUAUCAGGCUUCACUCAGUCCUAUUUUCUUUGGCUGAAAUUCCGGAUCUCAAAGUUAAUGAGCUGGCUGCUUUUGGGAAGCUUUCUGGCCUCCAUGAGCACAGCAGCUCUGUGUAUUGAGGCUGAUUACCCUAAAGAAGCAAACGAUGAAGAUGUCCUCAAGAAUGCCACGCUAAAGAGGACUGAACUCAAGAUAAGGCAAAUUAACGGAGUACUUCUUGUCAACUUGGCAUUACUAUUUCCUCUAGCCCUAUUUGUGAUGUGCACUUUUAUGUUACUCAUUUCUCUCUACAAGCACACUCAUCGGAUGCAAAAUGGAUCUCAUGGUGUUAGAAAUGCCAGCACAGAAGCCCAUAUAAAUGCAUUAAAAACAGUGAUGACGUUCUUUUGCUUCUUUAUUUCUUAUUUUGCUGCCUUCAUGGCAAAUAUGACAUUCAGUAUGCCUUAUGGAAGUCAUUGCUUCUUUGUACUAAAGGAUAUAAUGGCAGCAUUUCCCUCCGGCCAUUCAAUUAUAAUCAUCUUGAGUAAUUCAAAAUUUCAACAACCUUUCAGGAGACUUCUCUGCCUCAAAAAGAAUCAAUGA